AUGGAGCCAACCGAGGAUGCCAUUGAUAACUUUGUCAGCUUCACAAGUACUACACGCGACCAAGCAAUCUCGUUCUUGAAGGCGAACCACCUCGACUCUCAAAAAGCUAUCAACGCCUAUUUUGAAGAUCCUACAGGGCCCACACCAAAAGCGACCGGAUAUCACAACGACAAAGCAUCAUCAUGGGUCUUUUCUCAACAAGAUAAUGCGCCCCCAUUACCCGCAACUGCGCCGCCCUCACGCCCACCUUCCCGGAUUGACAAACACAACACAGAGCAAAACACUGGCACACAGGACGCAGAUGCAAGCGCCUCAAAGGAAGGCUCUGGACAGGGUCUCAGUCUGGCAGAGCGCGAGGAAAAGGAGCUACAGCGAGCAGUUGCCAUGUCGUUAGGCUCCGACAUGGGACAGCAGGAAACGGGCGUCACGUCGAGUGGCCAGUCACAACUGAACAAAGCGACCCGGGAUCACUACGAAGAAAACGCAUGGGCAAUGACUGUUUUCAACUCUGAAGAAGUGAUGGCUAGCCCGGAUCCCGAAGAUCGCAAGAGGGUGGAGGGCGAGCCAGCCUUUAUUCGUCCCAACACCGAGGACAUCUAUCUUGGGGGAUUCUUGACAAUCCUUCACAACAUUCCUCUCGCACGGGAAGCUCUCCUCUUACGGCACAAGGCUCUUGUUGAAUACGGCCAUGAGCCCCAGUGGUGGAACGGACAGGCGAUCAAUCUGCCAAAGAUUGUUACAGUGAUUGACGGUGGAGAUAUCGACAGUAACUGGGAUGAUAUCAUUCACGAAACCCAGCGGUUGAUGUCUUUCAUGGAUUCUACAAAACGCGGGUUUGGCAGCGGGGACAGCCUGGCAAAGCUCGAAAGCAUGUCCCCCAUGACAACCGACUCCGAGGAUGCUGUCACCAGGUUUAUGGAAGCAUGGCAUGGUGCGGCGAUCCAGGCAGACCCUGAUAAUCCUCUGACUACAAUCUUCACGUCCCACGCAUACAAGAAGGAGCUCUUUGGCGAUUAUGAUCCCGAAAAUAAGGAACUUUUCACAUUCGAGCCCAACGUUGAAAAAGAGCAUGGACAAACGCUCUAUGAAGUUUUGGAUAACGCUCUCUGGACUGACACCCCCGGACAAGAGCUCGACGACACGUGGCUUGAGCAUGUGGCCGAUGUACUGGUCUUCAAGCUCGACGCACACCAAAAGCCAAACCCAGUGGACGUGGAAAUUCCACCGGUGUUCUACCCAGAUCGAUAUCUAAGCAGCUGUCGAGAUAUCGCUCGCGAAUUCCGUUCAAAGCGACUGCAGAUCCAAACGGAGAUUGUGAAACUCGAAGAGCUCAUCAAGAGCUAUAAUUUCCCCAAGGGAUACGACAGCGUCAUUCCUGCGAAGGAUAUCCUGGAGAAAGCAGCUGAUUCUUUGAGUGCUCCUCCGUCUGAUAAAUCGAGCGAUUCCCUCGGCUCCAACACUGCGAGCGCUGAGACAGAUCGAGUUAGCAAGGAAUUGAGGGCAAUCGCCCUCAAGAUUGAUCUUAAACUUAAAGAAUUGGAGCGGAGAAAGCAAAGCACAUUGGAAUCUCUCAAGGAGAUUUCCAAGACCCUCACUGAGCCCUCUGGGUCACCCUCCGAGCCUCCAAUCUACAAAUACACCUUGCGCGGUGUGUGCACCAAGCCACAUGUGACUUAUGUUCUGUCAGAUCCUCAUUCGACUGCAGGAGACUUGAUGGACAUGGACAGUGAACCGCACGAUAACUACCAAUGGUGGCGCAUCAGUUACUCGGCGGAGGAUGGAAAGACCCGACAGGCUGAGAAACAGCAAUCCCAAAGCACAGGGGCCAGCCAGAGUGGCGACGCUGUUGGCUACAUAAUCCGGAAGGUCUCGGAGGUUGAAGUACUCCAAGCAGCCCGUGAAGAGUGGGGUUCUGUCUUGCUCGUUUAUGCAAGCGACAAUGCAACGAAUACACGAGUGGAUCCUGCACCCCCACAGCUCCAGGGCUUCGUGAACAGAGACAAUGACGCCUUCAGCGCCGAGUUUGAACAAACCCCUACCAUUGUUAUUAGCGAUCAAGAAGAACAAUGGCCUUCAACCUGGUCCGAGACACAGCAGGAAGAGAAGUCUCAGGAGCCUGAAAAGCGUGCACCGGUCAAUGUGUUCGACUAUGAGGUCUCAGACUUCGAGGUCGAGACGAAGCCCAACCAAGAGAUGCAACAGAGAGGAAGUUCAGGUCUCUUAUCUAACGGUACUUCUCAUGCACCGGACAACUUGCAAGAUGAAAGUCAGUGGAUGGAAGUGGACACGCCGGGCACCAAUGCACAUAUCGAGCAUGCAUAG